AGAUGCUCUAGAGGCUCCUUGAAUUACCAUAAUACUCCUAUCUUCUCGAAUGUUAGUUAUGUUGAUGACGUGGCGCAAUUUCUAUUUAUAUUAAUUUGUUUUUUUUUUGGAAUUUGAGUUUUUUCUGUGUUCUCUGGAUUGGGAUCACUGGAAGAAGAUUAUCAAUGGCGUCUCCAUCAUCGUCACCGACAACAAGAAUCUGGUUCCGUACAGUGAUCUUAAUCGCUUUAAUGGUGGUUCUCUUCUACGUUGGCCGUCCUCUCUACUGGAAGAUCUCUGCCACAAUCCACGACAUCCGCCACAACAAACAAUCCGUCAGAGAAGGUAUUUCUCAGAUCGUACACGAAGCGCAGAGAUCAGUGGGAUGGUAUCACGACGAAUCGGAUUCAGGGUUCCGAGAAGGUCACAACAAGAAAUCGGGAAUCGCCGUCUCUCGGAGGCUUCUUUUCGCCGGAGAUCAGUGAGAAAUUUUCUCCGAUCCAAAUUUUCGAAAUAUCAAGUUCUGAUGGAGUCUCUUGUUAUAAAUUAUAUAUUUCAUGUUUUUAGGUCAACAAUUAGCGUAUCGUUUUGUGAUGAUAAUGUUAAAUCGGUUAAACAAGUUAUGGAUUUUGUUUGGCAUAUAGACUUUUGUAGAUUUGUGAGCUUUUUGCUAUUGAGUUGAGAUUUACUCAUUUAGUUUGUUCUUUGCUUCUUUUGAUGUUUUUCUUUUCUUAAGUGAAUGUGAUCAAAUUGAUUUGAGCGUUGUUGUUUUGAUCAAUUUUCAUCAAACCACUGUCUUAUGAGCAGCUGUUCUGUCGAAUUAGAAACAAAGAGUAAAUUUG